AUGGAGGUCUCGGUGAUUGCGAGUUAUCAACCGAAGCUGGGAAAAUCUGCUUUGACAUAUACAGAACUGGGUUUCUGUAAUCUCAAAGAUAAUGGCAGGUUUUCCACUUCUACGACUACGAUAUGUUUUGCUCAGAAUCUUUGGUGGAAGAAGCAAAAGAUACGCAUCAAUGUGAGAGCUCAUCAAUCUGAAGCCGUUGAAGAAGAGAAGCACUCUUGUUCUGUACGAAGAUCCAGAUCGAUAGAUGGUGUAAGAUUAUUUGUGGGUCUGCCUCAAGAUGUUGUUUCUCUUGACAGAAAUACUGUAUUAAAACAUGCUAGAGCAAAUGUAGCUGGCUUAAAAGCUUUGAAGCUUCUAGGAAUUGAGGGAGUGGAGCUCCCUGUUUGGUGGGGAAUUGUUGAGAAAGAUGCCAUGGGAAAAUAUGAUUGGAGAGGAUAUCUUGCUGUUGCUGAGAUGGUUCAAAAAGUGGGUCUCAAGCUCCACGUGACCCUUUGUUUUCAUGCGUUAAAAACACCAAAUAUCCCACUACCAAGGUGGGUAUAUCAGAUUGGUGAAUCUCAGCCCAAUAUUUUCUACAGAGAUAGAGCAGGACAGUAUUAUAAAGAAUGCUUGUCACUGGCAGUUGAUCAUCUUCCUGUUCUUGAUGGUAAGACUCCACUCCAAGUCUACCACAGUUUCUGUGAGAGCUUUAAGUCUUCAUUCUCUUCAUUCAUGUGCUCCACAAUUAUGGGCAUUACCAUGGGUUUAGGACCAAAUGGUGAACUAAGAUAUCCAUCUCACAGUCUAUUACCCUCUAAUAAUCAAACUCAAGGAGUUGGAGAAUUCCAAUGUUAUGACCAAAACAUGCUUAGCUUUAUCAAGCAGCAUGCUGAAGCAUCUGGAAAUCCUUUGUGGGGGCUUGGUGGUCCACAUGAUGCCCCUACCUAUGAUCAGUCACCAAACUCCAAUAGCUUCUUCAGGGAGAGGGGUUCUUGGGAAUCUACAUAUGGGAACUUUUUCCUUUCAUGGUAUGCUGAACAGCUUGUAACUCAUGGAGCUUGUCUCCUAUCAUUGGCAGUUUCAAUUUUCAGUGACACUGGAGUUCAAGUAUAUGGCAAAAUCCCACUCAUGCACUCUUGGUAUAGAACAAGAUCACAUCCAUCUGAGCUAACCGCAGGGUUCUAUAACACUAUUAAGAGGGAUGGCUAUGAACCAGUUGUGAAGAUGUUUGCUAAGAACUCAUGCAAAAUGAUAAUACCUGGAAUGGACAUGUCAGAUGCAUGUCAACCACAUGAAACACUCUCUAGUCCCGAGUUGCUCCUUACACAAAUUAUGGAAACUUGCAGAAAGCACAGGGUCAAGGUUUCAGGGCAAAAUGCUUCAGAGUGUGGUGCUCUUGAGGGAUUUGAGCAGAUUAAGAAGAAUUUGUGUGGAGAUAAUGCGCUGGAGUUGUUCACUUAUCAUAGAAUGGGAGCUUAUUUCUUUUCACCAGAGCAUUUUCCUUCAUUCACUGAGUUUGUUAGGAGCCUUAAUAAACAGGAAUUGCAUUCAGAUGAUUUAAGUACUGAUGAGAAAGAAGCAAGUAAAAGGCCAGGAACAAGCGUUUUUGUAUAA